AUGGCAUGGAUGGACAACUCUUUCUUGAGGAAGGAAGGAAGGACUUGGACAAGUUCUUCGUCAACGACUACUACAAACAAGACUCCACUUAUGUACACACAUUGCCCUGUGUCAUUGGACCCUUUGUUCUUCUACAUUCCAUUCAUCGAUGAAGAUAACAAGUGCCUUGGAAUGGACAAAAAAUUGAGGGUUGUGGCACUUGUUUUGCGGUCCCUCUUGGAUAUCACUUUCAUAGUGCAUAUUAUAUGUCAAAUUCGACAAGCCUUCAAAACUGUGAACUCCAAGCUACAAACAACCCGAAACUCCGGUUGGGAAUCGAAAGCUAAGGCAGUUGCUCAGAAUCUUUCAUGGCGCUCUGUUGUUACUGACGUUCUUGCUCUUCUUCCCAUCCCACAAGUUCUUUUAGUGAAUGUUUUUUUCAAAAUGAGAGGCUCUGGAUAUUUGGAUAAUCGAAAGAUUCUAAGUUUCCUUCUUCUUGCCCAAUAUCUUCCAAGAAUUUAUCGUAUUCACCUCUCCUCUAAGAAACUUACACAAACCGGACUAUGGGCCAAAGGUGCAUUCAACUUUUUUCUAUACAUUCUCGCUAGUCAUGUGCUCGGAGCUUAUUGGUACUUUUUUUCUAUUCAACGGGAGACAUCAUGCUGGCAUCGGGCAUGUGAGGAUCCCAAGCAUAGAAUAGAAUCAUGCAUGGAUAAUUUUUACUGUGACGACGACCCUACCACAACCCCCAGAAAUACCUUGUUUCGAAAAGAGUUUUGUCCUAUAAAUUUUCCACCAAAUGCUACACCGCCAUUUGAUUUUGGAAUGUUUCUUGAUUCACUUCAAUCUGGAAACACGGCGACAUUGGAUUUUCCAAUGAAGUUCUUUUACUCGUUUUGGUGGGGACUACGAAACUUAAGUAACUUUGGUACAAAUCUCACAACGAGUACGUAUGUGUGGGAAAACUUCUUUGCAAUUCUUAUUUCAAUCAUUGGCUUGCUGCUAUUUUUAUAUCUCAUAGGAAAUGUGCAGACAUUUAUGCAGUUGGCCACUACAAAAUCGGAGGAGACAAGACAGAAGAUUAUUAAGAAAGAGCAAGCGAUAGAAGAGUGGAUGGUCAAAAAUGAUCUCCCUGAAGAUAUGAAGAAUGAAAUCAAGAAUAACAUAAGACAACAAUGGGAAGAAAACAUAGAUGCUGCUGAUCUGGAGAACCUGUUCUCUAUUCUUCCGUGGAAUACCAGGAAAUCUCUAAAGCGUUUUCUCUGCAUGAGUACGCUAAGGAAAGUACCAAUGCUUAAAGGCAUGGAUGAAAAGGUGUUGAAAAUGAUUUGCGACUAUCUGAAGCCAGUUAUGUACGCCGAGAACAGCGUAGUCGUUCGAAUGGGAGAACCACUUGAUCUGAUGCUCUUCAUUACAGAAGGUUCGAUAUGGACGUAUAUGCCGGGUGGAAUGCCGACCAACUCGGUUAAGACAAAAGGUGAGUUUUAUGGAGAAGAACUUCUCAAGUGGGCAUCAUCUUCAUCACCAAAACUUCCCAUCUCCACCCAAAAUGUGCAAUGCCAUACCAAGGUGGAAGGCUUUGUACUCAUGUCUAAGGACUUGACUAGUGUCGUCUCCAAAUGCCAACUCUGGUGGAAUACAAAUGAUUCUCAUCAGGGACAGGGACGGGGACAACCCGCUACAGCAGCAGGUGGUGCUGAGAACUCCACUCCGAGAAUCAGGUAUAUCAUGCAUCCUCCUCACUAG